AGCAGGGUCCUGCAGCUCUGGCUCCCUGUCCUGCCUCCAGCACCAGACUGCAGCUGUAUGGUGGAGCUCAUCUUCACUUAUCCUUUCCUGGCUGCUAUGGGGGAUCAUCCCAAAAAGAAGCCCGGCCUGGCUGUGUGUGUGGGCUGCGGGAGUCACAUCCUAGACCAGUACAUCCUGCGGGUAUCCCCGGACCUGGAGUGGCAUGCCGCCUGCCUGAAGUGCGCCGAGUGCUGCCAGUACCUGGACGAGACCUGCACCUGCUUUGUCAGGGAUGGGAAGACUUACUGCAAGAGAGACUACAUCAGGUUGUUCAGCACUCGGUGCCCCCGAUGCCAGGGCACCUUGCCCCGCUCAGAGCUGGUAAUGAGGGUUGGGGAGCGAGUCUAUCACACUGAUUGCUUCCGAUGUUCAAUCUGUAGUCGACGGCUGCUUCCAGGAGAGGAGAUAAGCCUUAGAGACCAGGAAUUAUUGUGUGGGGCCGACCAUAACAUUCCAGGUAUAAAUGGCUCAGCAUGUCUCUCCGCAUUUCCUCACAACCCAUGUGCUUGGUUAUUUUUCUCAUAUUCUCUUUUUGCCUUUGUUCCAGAGUCUGGCAGGUCCUCCUCACUACGGUCUCACAUCCACAAGCAGACAGAGAAGACAACAAGGGUGCGGACAGUACUGAAUGAGAAGCAGUUGCACACAUUACGGACAUGCUACGCAGCCAACCCCCGACCAGAUGCCUUGAUGAAGGAACAGCUUGUGGAGAUGACUGGGCUCAGCCCUAGGGUGAUCCGUGUCUGGUUUCAGAAUAAACGCUGUAAAGACAAGAAGAAAUCAAUUCUCAUGAAACAAAUUCAACAACAACAGCAAAUGAAUGACAAGACUAGCCUGCAAGGGUUGACAGGGACGCCACUUGUUGCGGGUAGCCCCAUACGCCAUGACAGUGCUGUACAGGGCAGUGCAGUAGAGGUACAGACGUAUCAGCCUCCCUGGAAAGCACUCAGUGAUUUUGCAUUGCAGAGCGACUUGGAGCAACCUGCAUUUCAGCAGUUGGUAUCUUUCUCAGAAUCAGGAUCUCUGGGUAACUCAUCAGGGAGCGAUGUCACCUCUUUGUCUUCUCAACUUCCUGACACCCCCAACAGCAUGAUCCCCAGUCCGGUGGAAACGUGAGGUCUUGAAUUUGGAACUGAACAGCAUGGACCCUGCAUGAACCCCCUAACACUCCAGAGAACAAACCCCAAGCACUCCUACAGCAGGAACCUCAUCCCCAUCACUGGGGCUAUUCAUCAGUCUGGAACUCUGCACAUAACUGACUUUUUACUGGGAUUUGGGAAGAAAACAGGAAUUUAUGGUUCUUUUUUGAACUGGUCUCACCCACAACUCAUCUCAGAGGAGGAUGACUGAUCUGGCGAUGGUUUGGUCCUUAACUAGGGUAAGAGUCUUCUGCUUUGCAGUAAUCUACUGGCUGAGACUCUGUCUUUUUACCUGAAGUCAUGGGAUAUAGAAAUAUUUAUAUAUCAAAUGCUGAGACAUUUGGCGAACACGGUAAUUUAUCUUGUGGAUCGAGGACUUUAUUAUCGAACAAAAAGUAAGUUAUUCAUAUUUAUUGUCAAAAACGCUG